UUCCUGCCCUUGUUUUGCGGUUACGUUUGAGCCCAAGUGUCCAUCAGUGCUCUUGAUGCCUUUAGGGAAAGGGAGCAGCAAAACCAAACCGGAGUCGGGGCUCGGUCUCUGCGCGACAGCGAACCAGAAAAUGAAGCGAACGUGCCCGAUGUUGUUGGUGUUGUCUUUGCUGAUUGUGACAGAUGCCCAUCAAUCUACCUCCGAGGAGAGGAAUGCUGUUCAAAAUAGUUUAUCAAAUGCCAAUAUUUCAAGUCCUGUACGGAGAUGGCCUGUAAAACGACGUUUCCGAAGGAAUGAUAAUUGUCCAGAUUUUUCGUCAUCAAAUUGCAACAAAUGUAAGCCAGGUACUUAUCUGUUAAGCUGCUCUUGCAAUUGUGAACAGUGUAAAGACGGCGAAUUUACAGAUGCUGAAAAUCUCUUGGAUAAAUGUGAGCGAUGUACGCAAUGCCAAGAGCAUGAUGGUAAGAAAAUGAAAACCAAUUGUACCACAACUAACGACACAGUAUGCAGUUGCUUGGAAAAUUUCUUCAGCUCAACCGAUGAACACCAAUGCUACAAAUGUGCACAGUGCAAUGCAGAAACUGAAGAGGUCGAACAACCCUGUACAGAAACACAGAACACAGUCUGCAGGAAGAAAGGUGGCCAAUCAGUACCUGUUGCUGCUGUGGUGAUACCAAUUAUACUAGUACUUGUAGCAAUUGUUGCCAUUUUGUACAAGAAAAAGAAAUACCUUCGAUGCAAAAAGACGUCUGGUGAUAAGCCAAGCAACUGGAUAAAUGUUUGUGUUUCAGGUAAAGAACAGACUAAACCACCAGAGGUACCAGACAUUGAGCUUACUGAAGAACAUUUGCAAUUGAUGGUGAUGGAAAUUGAACCGAGAAUGUACCACGAGCUUGGGAUAAGCUUAGGGCACAGUGAACCUAAGGUGCAGCAGAUUCGAGCUGAUUACCAUGAUGAUAUAAAGCAACAGGGUUAUCAAAUACUGUAUGCCUGGUUCCAGGCUCAUGGAAAGAAAGGCGCAUUCCCUGAAUUGAUUAACACGUUCUGGAGAAUGGGAUAUGUCACCACUGCCGAAAACAUUAUGGAAAAAAUUAUUCCAAAAAGUGAGGCUACAAUUGACGCCAGCACACUGGAUGGGAGUGAAAAUGGCAGAAUGGCAGAUAUGGUGUCUUAGUUGGUUCACUAGUUCUCUCAGGUCCUGUGUCAUCAGUGAUUUCAACGUUUGUUACAAGUUGCAAAUUAUCAUCUUCAGGCUAGCGUAGUUCUGUGCUCAAAUGAUGUAACUAUCCCAGGCGUGACUCUAUAAAUGAAUUAAAAAUCAGGAUUCCAGCAAAGAUUGACAAGAAAGUUACAAAGAGGACAUUGCACUGAUUGAUCUAAAAUUAAUUACUGUUAUCAUUUAGCCGUAGAACCCUUAAAGAAUCUUUUGGCAAACACAAUCUCUCCCUGGUAUGAUUUUAUUUACUAGAGAGAUAGAAUCUCAUUCUAUUUACUUUGAUUAUAUAAGUAUUAACAUAAGAAGAGUGAGUUACAUGUGAGGUGCAAAAGAGAUGUCUUCACACUAAGUCUAUCAUGCAAGUGAUUAGACACGGAAUGAGAAACAUCCACUUCUAGUUUAAUAGAGUAACUUGGAUAUUAAUGAGUCUGCUAGUCCAUAGUUGGCAUGGAUUUAUCUAGUUUACCUAUUCCAACAAAACUGUAUCUGCCUGCAUUUUAAUCCAAAUUUGACAUCUUUUACGCUGAUGUUUGUGACCUUGGGUGGAACUAAUCAGAUUCUUCAGGUUUGCCACACUGUGUUGGACUAUUUUAUAUCCUGCCAUAAGUAGCAGUUUGACUACUCCACUUUACACUGCUGCAUGGGAAGGUUAGAUUUCUAACGAAUGGCUAGAUAGGCUGGGACUUUUUUCCACUGGAGCAUAGGAGGUUGAGAGGUGACCUGAUAGAAGUUCAUAAAAUAACGAGAGGUAUAGAUAGAGUUGAUGGUACUUGCCUUUUUCCUAAGAUAGGGAAUUUCAAGUACUAGGGGACACAUUUUUAAGGUGAAAAGAGAAAGAUUUAAGAAAGACAUAAGAGGCAAAUUUUUUACACUGAGGGUGGUCUGUCUGUGCAAUGAACAUCCUGAGGAAGUGGUGGAUGCAGGUACAAUUACACCAUUUAAAAGACAUUUGAAUGUAUAUAUGAGGAGGAAAGCUUUGGAGGGAUAUGGGCCAGGAACAGGCAGGUGGGACUAGUUUAGUUUGGGAUUAUUGUUGGCAUGGACUGGUUGGACCGAAGUGUCUGUUCUGUGCUGUAUGACGCUAUGACUCUAUGAUUAACUCUGGGUUGCUUGAGGGUGGAAGAAAUAUGGGCCCAUGUGCCAGAAGAUAAUUUGCAAUACGGGUAUAUCCGCCCUCUCGUUUACAGAUCUCUUCCUACAGUAAGUGACACAUAAGGCAGAUGAAACACAUGUUCAUGUCGUCUUCCAAGUUUAAUUUUCUCCUGGAACAGGUCACCUAUGAUAGGGUUAGGGUUAGGGUUAGGGUUAGGUUUAGCACAGUUAGUUGUCAGCACAGGUUGUAGCCUGAGAAGCAUCAGGCUACAUUGAGAAUGUCUAAGCAUGGACACGCUCCCAUUUGUACACUUCAAUGGGCACAUUGAAAGGAUUUACAGGGUGAUAAUUGAUCUGUUUGGCAACAUUACCAUCAACCAGGCCAUCAAAGCCUGAUGGAGUGUUUGAAUCCAGAGUCAACCACUUUGCCACAAACCACUUUGUCAUUUAUUUACUAGCUCAGUUUAAAACCAAGGAAUUUGUCAAAACUUGGUAAAACCUUCAUGCAUUUGUGCCAAAACAUAAUGUCAGACUUAUUUGGCAGAUUAAUCUCAGCCACACUUCCUUUUAAAUACCUUUUAUUACAACCUAUUUUUCAUUGUUUAGAUACCUAUUUUUAUUACUAAAAUUUUAACAUUUUUAGCGUUUGUUACAGGAUUUUAUUCGUAUUCAGAUUGAGAAUGACGUUCAACAAUUUAAGCAAAUAUUGUUUGAAAAGUGCAAAUGCUCAAUUGUAUAGUGCAAUUCUACCAGCAUUGAACAAUAUGGAGAAUAUAGAACAAAAGGAUAUUUUAAAAAACUGUGUCUCCAAUUACUCAGCAGUGUCUGUCUUUAAGUACACUUAUUUUUGCAGUGAGUUACGAGGCAACAGCGCUCUCUACUGACAUUGAAGAACGUUAGCUCAGAGAUCUGCAAUCUCUAUGGUGAGAACUUUUUAUUUCCUGAAGACAGUUUAAAUCUGGCGGCAAGUCAUCGUUGACUGCAGUCUGUGGGUGCUUCAGUAGUUUCUUAGAAGAAGUGUAGAAUCAGGGACUGUAUUUGAGCUAUUCUGUACACUUCAGAUGUGGCUGUCAGUUUGUGUGCGGUAAUAUUGCCAGUUGCCGCAGUUUCACGACUAACUGCAGAGCAAAAUCUGUUAUAUUGUUCCAUGUGCCAUCAUCCUGUUAUGAAAAUGCUCUGUUCUUGCAAGUGCCUGUUUAACAUAAAUUCGUCUUGACUAUUUUUGUGAGUGCAAUAUAGACCAAUCUCUGAAUUGCAGACAAAGAGCAAAGCAAAAAACUUUGACAACGUAUCACUCCAAAGUUUUAAAGAGGUGUGCGCUAUGUAUUAGUGGAUUAAUGUUUUUUGUGCAACCAUCAAAAUAAGUGCUCGGGCUGUUGUGAUGCAGUGGUAGUAUCCCUUCCUGUGAGCCGGGGGGCCUUCAUUCAAGAAUCCCAUCCCCAGAGGUGUGUUAUAACAUUUCUGAAGAGGUUGAUUAGAAAAUAUUGGAAAACAAAUACUGUAAACACAGCAUUGCCCCAUUGUUUGACAGCGAGCUGUAAUUCUUAAGGGCGUGUGCAGGUCCAUAAAUCAUCGGCUCAGAUUUCUAAACUAUGGGGCUUACUGAAGGUGCAUCAGCCUGAAGAAGAGUUUACAUGUUAAUGAAAACAACACGAAUGCCUAACUGUACUGUUAUCUCUUUCAUCACUAAUGUGUUCAAUAAAUGUUAGUAUUAAGGAAACAAAA